GUGUGCGUUUGUAUGUUUUAGUGUUGUGUCUAGACUUAAAACCAUGUAGGUAUUUAUUAUUUCUUAUCAUAAGCAUAUUCCUUACUGAUUAAUCAUUUCUUAAAGUGCCUUUAUGAGAUAAAAUAUUCACAUCAAAUGACGUAUUUCAUAUAGCUACGUAGGCAAUCCAUCCCGUCCCCAUUUACGAAUAUCCCUUAAAAAUCCCUAUGUUUUCCCAUCUAGUCUUACCUUCCCUUUUCCCUCCAACACAGGUACAGGCACUUCCCACGACACCCUAGGAUCUUCGACGUAUAGCUCAAGCGAUGAUUUCCCCUUCCCCAGCGACAGAGAGCACCCUUCCGACGAAGUGUGUGACGACAGUUUCUGUUUCUGUCACUCCAGCUUCUACCCCUCCCCAGAAAUCUCCCUUCCCCGUAGCCCCCUACCAAGACACUACCUAGAACCAAAAGUCUACGACGAACCAAAAGUCUACGAUGUACACUUAAACGAGAAACUAUUCAACAGCCACAGAAGUUUAUGCUCCAUGAACUGUGUCGCUAGGUUCACACAAGAGGACUUAAAAAGAAGGAAAUCCCCAGACAUCUCUCUAGGCAGCACGGACGCUGAAAAACAAAUACAUAGCACAGAUCUUGAUAUCAACUCUGUGAGAACAUUUGAAACCGUUCUAGAAGACGAACACCAAAUAAGCCAGGAAACAUCACCAGUUCGAUAUUCAGGGUGGAACCUCGGCGAAGGAAAACGACCUCUAUUCUUAGACACUAAGGUUGGACCUACGACAGCAUACUUCUUUUUCACGCGAAACAAGUCCCGCUGUAUGAGCCCCAAUUCGCCGAUGAAGAGGAGUAAAAAGUCCACCAAUUUAGUGAAAUACAGAAACUUUAUUGAAGAGCCUACUUUGAAAAGACCUCUGAGCAAGUGUAUGCUACUAGGCAAGUAUAAAAUGAAAGUGUCAAAAAAAUCUGACCCUGAAAAGAGUGCAGACCGAGGGAUCACUUGUGAUGCUGUAGAAAAAGAGAGUAACGAAGUACAAGUAACUAUUAUCGAUAGCAAGUCGUUACAAGAUUCCAUGACCACGUCAGACUUCGACAACAUCACAGACAAAUUGAUGAUCUCCAUAUUUCAAAAUGCUAAAAACACUCGUGCCACCGAAGCCAAAUUUUAUAUCAGACAAGUAAUCAAAGAUUUGUAUGACGCCAAAUUCCAUGAAGUGCAUCCAGUUAAAGCUUUGUUUAGGAGUUUACUAGAAUAUUGGCUAAAGAAUACUAAUGUGGAACCAGUGAAGCACGCUAUGAAACGCAGUCGGUCAAUAGCCAGACAGUCAAAUCGAUUCUUCACUAGAGACAAAAAUCUAUCGAGUGUUUAUAUAAGUAACGUGACUAAGCAAACACAGUUCCACGGACUCAGUGAAAUGCUAGUGCAAUACAAGAAGAAACCCAAAAUGUCUCAAGACGAGAAGAAGGCACCGCCGCCAAAAUGUCCGAGCCCACGACGCGACACCGAGAGUUACGAGAAAGAACGCAGAAUACAAGAACUAGAAAGGCUACUCAAGAACACAGUGUACAUGUGUGAAACGACCAGAAGUAAAGAAAGGGACAUCAAAAUUACAAAAACUCUGAUGGGUAACCUCGGGAAGCUGUCACGCAAGUCUGAGCUGGACGAAUCCGCAGAGUUCAAGAUAGAUAAUUCUAACUCGUCGACGGAAAAAAUACAGGAUACAUUGAACCAUCUUAUAAGUGAGACUGCGAUACCCGCCGAUGUUGCUAAAGAAUUAUUGGGUGCUUACUUAGAUGUGCUACUUAAAGAUGAUGCUAGAAGCCUAACGAGCACGAGCUCUCAGUCCAGUGAACAUUCGGGAGGACCAAAAGCUUCUCAAGAACUUUCCUGCGAAGUACAAACUGAGGCUAUAGUCAAAAGAGUAUCUAAAAGCGUCAGCACUCUAAAACCCGCGGACCCAAAAAAGGAAAAAUCUACCGAAGUCAUGAAACCAGUCGAUCCCGGACAACUGUACCUGAAAGAAAUUUUAGACAAAAUAACAACAAUAUUCUCUAGAGUUAGGAAACUGGAUGAGAAAUGUCGCAACAAUGAAAAGUCUAGCGGCGAUAUAAAACCCAGUAAUUUCAAAAAGGAAGAAUCCAAAGACGAAUUAGGAAGGUCUGUGAAGGAGUAUCCUGGGAAAAAUCUUAUCUACGAAAACUUUGACGAGAACUCAGUUGUUAUAGGCCUUUCUAAAUACGAUUUGGAGCAUAUUUCCAUGUUUAGCGAUCCAGCUAUCCAAGGGAUUAUGUCAAUAACUAUCAAACUAAAGGAAAAACCUACUAUAGCUGAGUCCAAACUCGCACACCUGAGCCUACAGUUCGCUGAGUCUCAAAACUUGAAAAAGCAAGUAAAACGUGAGUGUCCGAUGAAAGAGAACUGGCUAGAGUACAUGCAACCGGCCAACACUAACUCUAACGAGAUAUUCCGCAAGAAAGUCAAAGUUGCUGAGAACGCUUUUAUAGACUUCCCGCAAGAGCUUGACCUAAAACCUUAUACAAGUAGCAGCGAUGCCACUUCCAAAGCAUAUAAGGUGGUACAUGAGAGCGAACACUCUAUAGACCUGUCAUUUAAGAGCAGCGCAUCUAUAGUCAAAGACACAAACGCCAAACAGUCUUUUGAAAACGAAGGAACGCAAUCCUGCUAUAUCAUGUCCUUUAAAAAAGAUUCUUUGGCCACAAAAUUUCAGUCAAAAAAAAAAGUUCGGCUCAAAGACUGUAACGGUAUAUGUUUGGAUACGAACGUGUUGCCUCCCACUAAGCAAGCUGAGUUGUCAGUAUUCGAAAACCCUACGCCGAGAGUGAUUGACGAGAAAUUCAUAUUGUUACUGCUGGAAAAUUUGACGUUGCUAUCGAAGAAUAUACCGAGCUUACACAAAGAGAUAAACAACUUAUUCUUGAAGCUACGGAAAAAACACGAGAAAAUUUUAAAAUCGUGCAGUAACAUGCAGGGGCUGAGUCUGUUAGGUAAGAUUUAUAACGAAGAGUCGGUUGCAAGGGUCAGUAGGGACGCGAUGACACAGUGGGACGUGUGUGGCACACCGGGAGUCAGUAGUAACGUCACCCACGAAACUGCAGUAAACACAGCCACCAGUAAUGUGAAAGAAAAGUUGCAACUGAAUGUGAGAGAUGCGAACAUAAGCGCUAUAGACUUGAAGUUGAUGAUGAACUCGCAAGUGCAAACGAUGAGUAACUCGGAGGAGUUGAUACUGAAGUUUCAACGGGAGCGGCCUUUAGGAGAUACGUCGUUAAGCAUAGCACGAUCCGACUCAGCGUACAGCAUAAAAGCAGAGAUGGAAAGGGCAGCUAAGCGUACAACUUCGAACUCCAAGCUACAGUUCAAGAAGAUAUGUGUCCUCUCCCCCACGCUAGCUUCUAUGAUAGACGUCGACGCUCACAACAUCCUCAUCCACCCACAAAUCCUAAAAGAGCACGCAAUCAAAAAGAAGAAGCAUUCAUCAAGACUUAAACAGGAUUUGAUUAAAGAAAUCGCGCUCUUAUCGCCUUCGUUUAAGGUUUCAACUCAAUCGCAGACGGACAGGAAGUUGUUACGUUUUGUUACUGAGCAGGCGAUUGAGAAGGAUUAUAAGAUGUAUCAGUUGUAUCAGAGUUACAACGUGACGAUGGCUAGUUCUUUGACUGAUUCUAAUGUAGAAAUAAACCCCAGUGAUGAAAUGAAGACAUUGUACCGCUGUUCUAGUGAUCCGUCCUGUUCUGGUUAGACUGUAUCGUUUAUUAUGUAGUUAUUAUUAUUUUAAUUAUAUUAAAUUUUUGGAAGUCUUUUA